AUGGCCGACAACAAUAAGAAAGAGCCCACUGCCGCCGAAGCUAUGCUGUUCUUCAGCAUUGUCAAGCACACUCGAAACAAAGCUGACGUUGACUGGAACGCUGUCGCCUCUGAGGCUGGAUUCAAAAACGCAGAUGUCGCCAAGGUUCGGUUCGGCCAGGUCAAGCGCAAGCUCGGUAUCUCUACUGAGACUACUGCUCCCACCCGCGGUCCUACAACCCCCAAGAAGACCGCUGGUGGUCGUGUCGCCAAGACUCCCCGUAGCGGCAAGGGCAGAUCAAAGGUCAAGAAAGAGACUGAGGCUGUCCUCCUGCACGAUGAAGACGAGGACGAGCUGGUCAAGGCCGGCAUCAAGGCUGAGGACCGUGAGAUGGAAAAGACUCCGGAGAAGGAAGACCUUGGGGACGAUGAUAUCGAUCCCGCCAACUUCCCCUUCUUCCAGCAGUAA